AUGGAUCCCCUCCCCUCAUUUGGGACUGUGGUGGGGGCCUCGCAGCCAUCCUCGGGCCAUUUGGCGCUGCUGCUUGCACAGCCUGGGCUUGGAGCCCCCGGCUUGACAAUGGCGACGAGCGCGGAACUUGAUGAGGAGCUCCAGCGCAUUCUGGCAUCGCUGUACCAAGGAGUCGAGGAGGCGCUCAAGGAGCAGCUCAAGUCCGCCAACAAGGUGGACCAGCAGUUGAGGGACAAAGGCAAUGAGCUGCGUGAAUGGCACGGCAAGCAGUUCCAGGUCCUCAUGAAACAGCAGGAGACCAUCUCGAUGGCGAGGAAGGAUGUCAUUGCCCGGGAGGCCCGCAUGGCGGAGCGCAAGGCUCUUUUGGACGCCAGGGAGCAGGAUAUCUCUUCCCGGGAGGAGAAACUUGAGGCCACCCUCCGCGCCAAGGACGAUGACCUGGAAGCCCUUGUGCAACAGCACACCAAGGAGCUAGAUGACAAGCACAAGGCCACCCUGGAUGCCCUUAUUGCUAAUUCUGCCACCCAGCUGAAGAAACUUGCUGAUGACCUUGCCGCUGCAUCUUCUGCCAAGGCUGACCUCGACCAACAGGUGACUAAACUCUCGGAAGAGCUUGCCGGGAGCGCCAAGGAGAUCUCGACCCUCAAGGAAGAGGCACAGAAAGCAGAGAUCCUUCUGAAGGAUAUACAAUCACAGCUCUCCUCCAAGAGCCAAGACCUCGAGAGCGCCAACGGCACCAUUGAAGACCAGAAGGCCAGGAUCGACACCUUGGAGAGCUCGGCAGAAUCUAGCGGGGCCCGCGAGCAGCAGCUGACGAAAGACCUGGAUAUUGCAAGGCGUCUUCGGAAGGAUGCAGAGGACAAGCUGGAGAAUCAUUCCGAGCAGGUCGACCUCUAG